AUGGAGUCUAGCAAGGACCUUUUCGAAGGGAAGACACUCGUCAAGCCAAGCGCGCACCCAGAAUCAAACAUGCAGCGAACGUCCGAAACUCGUGAUAUAUUCGAGCAUGUGGAAGGCAAGACUGCAUUAGUGACAGGGUCCGCCCGUGGAAUCGGUGCCGAUACUGUCUCUCUUCUCAAUCAAUAUGGCUGCAACAUAGUGGUUACCGAUCUCCCUUCGUCGGCGACGCAGGCAGAGGCACUCAUUCAGCAUAUGCGAUUUCCUGAGCGUGCGUUGUUUGUACCCGCAAGCGUGACUGAGUGGACACAACUUGUCCAUGCUUUCAAAGAAGGAGUUCGGGUCUUCGGGGGCAUUGACAUUGUGGUGGCCAAUGCCGGGAUCAUGGAGAGCCGUGCAGUUCUCGAUAUUGAGACCGAUGGAGACGGGGAUCCUAUCGCGACUCGAGAGGCAAGCGAUAUUAUCGAUGUGAAUCUCAAGGGCACAUUAAACACACUUCGCCUAGGGAUGCAUUAUAUACGCCAAAAUCCUAUAUCAGAGGAGGAGGGCAGAGGUUCAAUUGUUCUGAUCACAUCAACAUCUGGAUACUUUGGCUUCUCCAGUAACGCCGCCUAUGUGGCUUCGAAGCAUGGCGUCGUCGGGUUGCUCCGAGCAUCCCAAUCGCUUGCCGAGAAACAUCAGAUCAGAGUCAACGCAAUCGCGCCGAGCUUGACGCCCACCCGCAUCACCGCUGGAUUCGGUGACCGCUUUGAAAAGGUAGGAGUUGCCAGCAAUACAACUGUGCAAGCGGCAGAAGCAAUUGUGGCUGCUGCCCUUGACUCUAGUCGUAAUGGCACAUGCUACUUAGUCGCAGGCAAGAUCGCGCGAGAACUUGAGCAUACAAGAAAAGACAUAAUGCCAGCCUGGCUUGGCGAGGAUGCGAUUGAAGCGCUUGAGGGAUUUCGGACCAUUCUCAAAGAUAUGGGUGGCUAUCCUCUGCCGCAAGCAGUAUCACAGCACUAA